CACAGCUCUUCAUAUUUCAUCCAGAGGAGCGCAUGUAUCCGGGCUUAGGCACACUGCCCGCCGCUGUCCUGGAUGCUGCACAGAUAGACAGGAGGCUGGGGCUGCUGCAUCCUUCACUUUGAAUUAAUCUUACAUAAAAACUGAGAGCUGGAAUUGUGACAUCUUGAACUAAGCAGACAGGGAUACCGUACAGGAGCUGUUGUUUCGUGUACAGUGCCGGUGUAGACAGCACGGGGGAGAUGGAGCGGUGGAAAGGCAGAGUGGCUCUGGUGACCGGAGCCUCGGUGGGGAUUGGAGCGGCUGUAGCCCGGGCACUCGUGCAGCAAGGCAUGAGGGUUGUCGGCUGUGCCAGGAAUGUCGACAAAAUAGAGAAGCUGGCAGCAGAAUGUCAGAGCGCAGGCUACAGUGGCACACUGAUCCCUUACAAGUGUGACCUGUCCAACGAGGAGGAGAUCCUGUCCAUGUUUUCAGCAAUCAAAACGCUGCACAAGGGCGUGGACGUAUGCAUCAACAAUGCUGGACUGGCCCACAAUGAGCCAUUGCUCAGCGGAAAGACAGAGGGCUGGAGGAACAUGAUUGACGUAAAUGUUUUAGCCUUGUCUAUCUGCACCCGUGAGGCAUACAAAUCAAUGAAGGAAAGGAAUGUGGAUGAUGGCCACAUAAUCAAUAUUAACAGUAUGGGUGGGCACCGAGUGGUGCCGAGUGCUGAUGAGCAUUUCUACUGCGCCACUAAAUAUGCUGUGACUGCUUUGACCGAGGGGAUACGUCAAGAGCUUCGAGAAGCAAAUACUCACAUCAGAGCCACAUGUAUAUCUCCUGGAAUAGUGGAGACUGAGUUUGCCUUCCGACACCACAACAGUGAUCCAGAGAAAGCAGCUGCAGUGUAUGAGAGUAUGAAAUACCUCUUUUUCCCCCUUUCAGUGUUUGAAAGCAGAAGACAUAGCCAGUGCAGUCACAUUUGUGCUCAGUGCCCCUCCUCAUGUUCAGAUCGGAGAUGUGCAGAUGAGGCCAGUAGAGCAGGUGUCAUAGCAGUGAAACAGGAAGCUUCAGGAGGAGAAGACAGACAGCAGCCGUGGUGACUCCUUAGCGACCUCUGCUGGGCAAGGGUGGGGUGGGGGGAUAAAACAAAUCAACUACAGCUGUGUUGGAUCAGCAGGGCCAUGGUCAAAAAGGGGCUGGAGCCUUAAGGAGGCUGUGCAAGGAAAUGAAGGGCGUGGACUUUGUAAACCACUACGAAAAUACUACUGAAUGCAGCAACCUGAUAUUUGUGUAUUGUUGAGCCCAGUCCUCAAAUGAGCUGACUACAGUAGGAACAGAUAACAAAGGAGAGAGUUGCUGCAGUGCUAUGUGGUCAUCUGCACGACCAUCACUUCAGAGGGAAGAGUAUGCCAUUGAUUGCACAUGUUUUUUUGUUUUUGUAGGUCUUAUGACAUAUCUUUUUGAAAUUAAAUUGAAAGAGUAAUUGCUGUUUAUAAGAAUUAACUUUUUCGAUUAAUUUCUUAAUAUUUUAACUUUUUGAUUAUAGAUAGAUGCGGUCUCACUAACCAUAGAAAAUACUAUGUUGUGCUCACUGUAACUAACCAUCAGUCCUGUCCAUUCUUUUUUCACCGUAUGUUUUCACAAACAUUCAGCUACCCUUGUUUGGGUCUAUCCAGUUUUCAAGCCCAUUUAAGGAACCAGGAAAAGUAUAAAUGAGAGACACCCUAGUCUAUUAAGCACAUGAGUUUCUACAAUCCACCUUUUUGUUCCUGUGAAAUUUCAGUUGUUCUGCACUUUGGAUUCAUUAAUGAGGAUUUAUAUGAAGGAAACAAACACUGGUAACUUAUGUAGGGGAUGAAACUAACUACAUGAACAUGUAUUCCCUAGAAAUGUGUACCUUUCAAUGGAAAUUUCUCCUUAAAUAAAUAAAAAGGAUUGCGCAGACGUUA